AUGGCAGAGGUACGCAGUGAGGUGGAGACCAGUUCUCUAGGUCUAGGAGCCCCACAGUCGGCAGAUUACCCUCAGCUACCACACCCUGCUGCAGACCCUACGCUGCCUGUAGUAGAGCCCCUGAAGGUACCGGAGGACCCCCAGCCAGAGACACAGGCUGAGCCUGACACCUGUCCACUGCCACCCAGGAGGAUGUGGGAGGACAGCUUCGACACAGAGAAUUACUCAGCGGUGUCGUGGAGGCAGUAUUUUGACCAGUCGGAGGACAUCCCAGUAGGACCGUCAGAGACCAGAGAUGUGUUCAGGGUCUACAGGAACGGUACUGAUGGACCUCUACUGGUUCUGCUGCAUGGAGGAGGACACUCUGCCUUGUCCUGGGCUGUUUUUACUACAGCCAUAGCCAGUAGGGUGACCUGCAGGGUGCUGGCCAUGGACCUCAGGGGUCACGGUUCCACCCAGGUACGUCAGUCAGACGACCUCUCCACACAGACCAUGUCUAGGGAUGUGGCCAAUGUGGUGCGAGCGUGCUACGGAGAGGCCCCUCCCCCCAUCGUCCUGGUUGGUCACAGUAUGGGCGGGGCCAUCGCUGUCCACACCGCCUCCAGCAUGCUCCUCCCCACUACUGUAGGAUUGGUGGUGAUAGACGUGGUGGAAGGCAGUGCCAUGGAGAUGCUACACAGCAUGCAGAACUUCCUGAAAGGACGACCCAGGUCUUUUGAGUCUAUUGCCCAUGCCAUAGAGUGGAGUGUUAAGAGCGGUCAGAUCAGGAACCGGGAAUCAGCACGAGUAUCCAUGGUGGGACAGAUCAAGAGGCAUGUAGAGGUGGAGGAUGUUGUUGAAUCGCCUGAGCAGGCCGUCCCUGUUAGUGACGUAGUCGUCGAGGGCAACGAGGAGAUCUGCGUUGACCCGAGCUACGUUAGCGACAAGCCAGACGGUACAUCAGAGGUGAGCAUCCCGGAACCCGAGGGUGUGUACAGCUGGCGUAUAGACCUGUCCAAAGCAGAGAAGUACUGGGACGGAUGGUUCAGAGGGAUCUCUAAUCUGUUCCUGGGAUGUAACCUGCCCAAACUCCUCCUGUUAGCAGGUGUAGAUCGUCUGGACAGGGACCUGACUAUAGGCCAAAUGCAAGGCAAAUUCAUGAUGCAGGUGCUGCCCCCUAGUGGCCAUGCAGUGCACGAGGACACACCAGACAAAGUUGCAGAUGCUCUGGCCAGCUUUCUGUUCAGACACAAGUUUGCUGAGGCCAGCAGAGGUCAGCGCACGAGCUCCUCCUACCCUUUCACGCGGUGA